CAGGUUUAAUUGGCACUUUGAAACUCAAACAGCCGCAAAAAUGGCUCGAAUCGGAAGAAGUACGGUCCUGCUGCUGGCCCUGCUGGCAUUGGGAUGCAAUAGGCCCGCGAGUGGUAUCCGACAGGUGCAGCCGACAGAGGAGCAGCAGGAGAGGAUUAGCCAGGCGAAGUCCGGCACCUUCCAAGGCCGUGUGAUCAAUGGCGAGAAUGCGUCGCUGGGAGAGGCACCCUACCAGAUAUCCUUGCAGGGAAUGUACGGGGAUCAUAUAUGCGGCGGAGCCAUUGUCGACAAGUACCAUGUCCUGACGGCAGCUCACUGCGUUUACGGCUACAACCCAUCCUACCUGCGCGUGGCCACUGGAACUGUCGAGUGGCAGAAGCCGGAUGCCCUGUACACCGUUGAGGAGCACUGGAUCCACUGCAACUACAACAGUCCCUCGUACUACAACGACAUAGCCUUGAUCCGGUUGAACGAGCCAAUCGUCUUCAACGAGGUCACCCAACCGGCUCCACUGCCAACAGAGCCCCUAGCGAAUGGAACUACUUUAUUGCUCACGGGAUGGGGAUCCACCGAACUCUGGGGCGAUACACCCGAUAUCCUGCAAAAGGCCUACCUCACACACGUCGACUAUCCGACCUGCCAGGCGAUGAUGUCAAACGACCCAAUGAACGGACCCUGCCACGUCUGCACUCUGACCUCUGGCGGUCAGGGGGCUUGUCAUGGAGACUCCGGCGGUCCCCUGGUGGCGAAUGGCAUUCUCUACGGACUCGUCAACUGGGGCUAUCCCUGUGCCCUCGGCUACCCAGACAGCCACGCCUCUGUGUACUUCUACUUGGACUGGAUCCGAACUAUGAUUUCAGGACCGUGCAGCUCCUGCAACUGCUACGCCAGUAACUACGGUAGUUAGUGACGAAAGGAAUAAUACCUACCUCGAUUAGGUUAUCCUAAAAUCAAACCUAGGUAAGAUAAGAAUGACACCAUCUUCUCAUGGUUUGUGCAAAAGAAUUGUUGUGAAAAUAAAAGGUAUAAGCUUAUGAGCUAAUCAAAAGUUAA